AUGGAAAGCUGGAGCCACCCGAGCACUCAAUUGACGCAGCUCGAUGCCUUCCGAAGACACGUCAAUGCGAAAUACAGCUUAGACCUAGCUGACUACGAGCAGCUGCAAACGUGGUCCGUGGACAACAUUGAGCCCUUCUACCAGGAAAUAUGGAACUUAUGUGGCUUUACAUACUCUGAACCACCUAAAAAUAUCGUCAGCGAUAGCUCAACGCUCUGGCCCCGGCCAGAGUGGUUUACUGGAGCCCGGCUUAACUUUACCGAAAACUUGCUUGCCGUUGGCUUAGCUGCUCAUCCUGACAAAAUAGCCGUGUCAGCGUGUCGUGAAGGUGGCACGCAAUGGAAACAUUUGACAUGGAAGCAGCUGGAGCAGCAGGUUGCUCAAUAUGCUUGUGCAUUGAGACAUGCGGGUAUCAGAGCGGGAGACCGCGUAGCUGCUGUCAUGACAAACUCUAUCGAAGCUGUACUUGUUCUGCUUGCAUGUGGGGCCGUCGGCGCUAUUUUCUCCUCGGCAUCUCCAGAGAUGGGUUCGCGGGGAAUAUUGGACAGGUACACGCAGUCCCGCCCAAAGCUCCUGUUCGCUGAGACUCGUAUUCUCUAUGGGGGAAAGCCACGAGACUUAAGAAGGAAAUUAGAGACUGUGGUAAAGGACCUAAGGGAACAGGUUGCCGAGCUUGAUAAUAUUGUUAUCAGCGGUCCGGUUUGGGAAGACAACACCUUGGUGUCCCUCGAGAAAUUCUUAAGUGUUCCAUCAGAACCUCUUCGAUUUGAACAACUUCCAUUUGAGUUUCCAGUCUAUAUCUUAUACUCCUCUGGCACUACUGGCCCGCCAAAGUGUAUAUGUCACUCUGGGGGAGGAGCACUGUUGAAACACAAGAUCGAUCUUAUGUUAGGGAUGGACCUUGGAAUUCACUCAACCUACUAUCAGUACACUACAACUGGGUGGAUGAUGUGGAACGUCCUUGUUGGAGCUCUGAGCUUGGGUUCCAAAAUAGUUCUAUAUGACGGAAGCCCGUUGCAUCCGAAAAGCUCUCAACAACUACGCUUUCUUGAAGAGCAAGGUAUUACGCACUGGGGCACGAGUCCAAAAUUUCUGGGGACGUUGAUGCGAGACCUUCAUGGUCUAACACCACAAGUCUCAAGCUUGCAGGUCGUACUUGUAUCAGGCUCGGCUCUCUCCGCCGAAAUCUGUGACUGGUUCUACACAGUCUUCCCGCGCAGCGUCGGUCUGUUCAAUGGUUCGGGAGGCACAGAUAUGCUUGGAUGUAUCAUUGGUUCCAACGUUCUAUCCCGUGUACAUGGUAACGAGAUUGCUGCAGCGACCCUUGGGAUGAAGGUCGAGAUCUGGGACCAGACUGGGCAUAACAUCGAGGAGUCUGGGCAAGAAGGGGAAUUGGUUAUUACGAAACCAUUUCCUAGCAUGCCAGUAACAUUUUGGGGCAAAGGAGGACUGGAAAAAUAUCGCAAGGCAUAUUUCGAUACUUUUCCCGGCGUUUGGACUCAUGGCGACUUUGUCUCCAGAACGAACAAGACCAAAGGUUAUCUAAUUCACGGUCGCAGUGAUGGUGUCCUAAAUCCUGGUGGAGUUAGGUUCGGCACUGCUGAGCUAUAUGGUGUCCUUGACAAAUUCAGCGAAGUGGACGACUGCAUUGCCGUUGGGCACCGACGGCAUCAAGAUGGGGAUGAGCAGGUGCUUCUUUUUGUUAAGAUGAGAGAAAAGAACAUGCUCAAAGACCCGUUACUGUCGAAGAUUCGCGACGCGAUAAGGACAAUGUUGAGCCCAAGGCAUGUACCUGCUUAUAUAUUCCCAGUGGAAGACAUCCCGUAUACACUGAGCGGCAAGAAGGUUGAGAGUGCAGUAAAGAGCAUAGUAUCGCAUCAAGAGGUAAAGAAUACUAGCGCUAUCAGUAACCCAGGGUGUUUGCAGGAAUACAAAAAGUAUAUCAAUGUAUUAGGGGAAAACAUUUUAACAAAGCUUUAG